UUACCAAUUGCCAGUUCCAGCUUGAACGCGCCAGCGUGCGGUACACUUUCGAGCUUCUCAUCCGAUUUGCACGGUUCGCAUUCGCGUUAAUCGCUCGGCUUAAAGUGCUCACACCAAUUUGUGGUGCGUUUGUUGUUGUGUCUUCAAGUCGCGUUUUUUUUUUUCAAUUCUUUUUUAAUUACACAUAUGCGCUUAUGGUUUUGUGGAGCACAUUUGAAUGCUUACUGUAAACGUUUCUGUGUUGCCAACUUACAUUCAAACAUACGAGCGAACGCAUAGUUGGUUAAUGAAAACUUGCCACAGGUGUCACAAGCAGUGCUACAGGAUUCUCUAUGGUGUUCGCAUUGCACAAACAGUAAAUUCCGCUGUAUCAUCCCCUUCUCGACUUGUCAACUCAGUAGAGCCAAUCAGUGGAAGUGUAAUAUAACGCUACUCAAACCAAGUACUCACAACUACUCCUCUAUACAUAUAUAUGUACGUCUGUAUGUAGUUAACCACUCAUGCAUAUAGACAAACGGUAAAUGUAUAAAAAAAAGUCGACCACAGUCGUCGACGUUUUCUCACUGUUCCUCAUGGCUGCGAACAAUAUCUCAAGUAAAAGUGAAAUUCUCAGUGUUAUUAUUUGGUGCAUAACAAAAUGAAUAAGCAAUCAGUAAUGGAUAAAUAAAUAGUGUCAAUAAAAUUGUGUACAAACUGUAUGGGCAAAACAAAACAAAAAAAAAUACAAGUGCUGCCAGUGAAUCGAAAGAGUGAAGCGUCAAACACAACGGUAGCGCAAGAAAUAUAAGUGGAAAUGCAAAUAAAUAAAUAAAUGAAAUUACACUGAGCUUAUUAUAUAUUAUAUAUGGAUAGAGAGUAUUGUGCAAUAGAGCAGAGCGUGCAAUAAAUUACGUUGAAUAAGAAGGAGUAUGAAAAAUAGCAAUAUAAUAUAACGAUAUCAAUGCACACUUGCAAAAAAAUAUUUUGUUACAAAAGAUUAUCGAAUAAACCAAUUUAUUGAAGCAUUUCAAAGAAAUAUACGCAAAUAAGCAAAAAACAACCACAACAAUAACUAAUAAUAAUAAUAAUGUUUUCACGCAAGCCAUAAACUGUCAACAAAGUAGCGAAAAUUUCGCCAAUGAAAAGUGUAAUUUUUCGAUUUCUUUUGUCGAAAGCAAAAAGUGGCAAUUAAACGACAAAACGAAAAACAAACAAAAAAAUCAAUUUGCAACAUCCCUCCCACUGCUUGCUAAGUGUACACAAAGCUGUUGUGCAACGACCGUUAAACGCCAAGUUAAGAAAGUGUGCAAUAAGCAAGCGUUCACUGCGUUUUUGUGCAAUUCGCCUGACAACAACAGCCAGCGGGAGUUAGGAAAAUUGAUAAUUAAAAUUGCUGCAAAUAAAAAUAAAAAUAAAAAAUAAAUAAUACAAAUAAAAAGCUUGUGAAGUCAUCAACCGCGUAAAGUUAAAUGCAUUAAUUGCGCUGGCAUAAUUGCAGCUAUUGGUGCCGGCAACAACACGCAGGGAAACUGUUGAACACACCGCUUGCAACAUAGCGCCCACUCAUAUUCGUGUCACAAUCGUCGUCAAACUUCACCGAUUAGUGUAAUUUUUUGUCACCAACAACGCGUGCGCUUAUUUGUGUGUUGGUGUUGUUUAUUAGUUUGUUGCAUGCCGUGCUGUGCUGCUGUCACACUAAUUACCCUGCCACACACAGAGUUGUUGCAACUUUUCGUUAUAAUUUUACAACCAGUCACCGUUACAAUGGCCACAUUUGCUUGAGACACGUUGCAGCGUAGACGAUCUUCUCUUUGAUUUGUGCACACCGCGGCACUAAUGUGCUCAAUACCGGCCGAAAUAAGAAUUUUCAUAUUUGUGCAACAUGUGGAAUAACAAUAAUUGUUAUAGUCGAAGAUGGCUAGUCACGGACACGAGACAAGUGGACAUUGGAAGCAGCAGAGACCGACAACAACGGUCUACCCGAACACAGAAAUCAACACAAUUGCUGUAUACAGCAGCAGAGUCGACUGUACAACAACAGCGACAUACUAAACGCAAGGGGCGACGAUUAUGUGAAGCAAACGCGAAACAUUCCGAGCGGAUGGAGAAAUGGCUACCACAAAUGUCGACCACAGCGUAUGCGGCAGAUGGAAAAGCGUGCCAGAGCAGACAGCUGUCGCUGCAACCGCGUAGCACAACACAAGCAACCGACACGUCAUGGUCGCACCUAAAGUCCUCAUUAGCGCCCGUCAGGCGCACACGAGUCAACGCUUGCCUAAACCAAAUAAUAGAAGUAUUACUAGCCUUACUAUUAGCCAAUUGUCUUAUGCAGUUAUGCGGACAACUGCCCACAGCGACAGCCGCAUUUGGCGCGCCCAGAGCGGGCGAUACACUUGCCGAAGCUUACAACUUUUACACAAGUAGCAGACUAAGCCAGCGCGGCAACGACGACGACGAUGACGUUGAGUACGCGGAUGCUUAUAGCAACAACUAUCGCCAGCCGCACAGUAUCGGCGGCAGUGCGGCGUAUGCAUUCAACGCGCUGCAACUGCCAUCGGCUGCCUCGUUGGCUGCAGCCGGCGCUUACAGCAUACCAGAUGGUGAUGCCGCGCUGUCGGUGAAUCAGCUGCAACGCAGUCAAAAUUUCAAAAUCAGUCAGAAGCCCUGUUCGAUUGGUCGCAUCGAGGGCACUUGCAUGUUCGUGUGGGAGUGCAUCAAGUCGGAGGGUCGGCAUGUGGGUAUGUGCGUCGAUUCGUUCAUGUUCGGCUCGUGUUGUGCACACAAUUAUACGGAGAAUAUUGUAAUGCCGCAGACGUUUUCGUAUACGCGUCCCACCAAACCGUUGGGCAUUGCUGGCGUGAAUCAUCGACCUCGGCCGCCGCAUCAACCACACAAACCCAGUAUAAGUGGCAUGACUACUAUUGAACGACCGCAUGGCGCUGGAACGCUGGUCAUACGUCCGUCUGGACCGCAUCAUCAGGGCGCUUUGUAUAAGCCUCAAUAUGCAAAACCCUCAACUGUGGGUACAACAACAUCGCUCUCCGCCUCAUCUUCAACAGCGUCGACGACGACGAAGACAACCACUUCAACGGAGGACUCCAAUGCGCUGUGGACCUCGAAUGCAGUAUUGCAAGAUUUGCAGCCGGCUGCGGCCACUGCGUCAAAUCACUGGAAUACAUCACCACAGCUGACAGCCGUAACGCAGCACCACUGGCACAUGACGACUGAGCCGAAUUUUAUUACCAAACCACGACCGCCCAGCUGGGAGAAACCGACCGGUCUGCGUCCCUCGAAGCCAUCAAAGCCAACAAAGAAACCCAUCUUGCCGCAGUCGCAUUUGCCCAGCUACCACGUGACACAACAACACACUACAGCCGGUAUUGUUUAUUCGACGCGAAGACCCGUGCCGUCAACGUCUACGCAACCAGCAACAGACAAACCGUCAGCAUCGCCCUCAUCAGCGGCGGUCAGUGCGCCAACAACGCCAAUAUCGGCGCUGUCGUUGACGCGUCCACAGCCGUCGUACACCUCGCCCUCCUCCUCCUCAACGGCUUCCUCCACCACUUCCGCAACUUCGUCAUCGGCAGGCACUAACUUGUGGCACCAACAACAACAACAGUACCAACACCAGUACCACCAGCAACAAUAUCGACCGCCGCCUAUUUAUGCAAAGCCACCAACGAAAGUGCCAGCCACAUCACUGUCGACCACCACAGGCACUGUCAGCGCUACAACAACUACAACAACGGGUACAACAGCAACAAAUACGCGAUUACCAAGCAGUACUACGGUAAAAACGACAACGCGUCCUUACACGCGCCCAACCACGCCCAAUUGGGUCAUUAGCGAAAGUGGUGUGCCCAGCAGCGUCGGCGACGGCACAAUUUAUCCACUGCAGUCGUCGUCUACAGGAAAACCAACAACAGCAAUAACAACCACAACAACACAAAAGUAUAAACCCACUUCGACAUCAUCGACUUCAACAUCAUCAUCUACGGCGCAUACAACCGCCUCGAUGCCGCCCAUAAGACCAACACAACGGCCCACAUGGUCCACCACGACACCUACACGUCACCCACCAGCAUCGAAGCCGCCAGCAUCAACCACCUCAUUAUCAUCACCUGCAUCAUCAGCAAUCUCAUCAUCACAUUCCUCCACACCGUCAUCGUCGCCUAAGCCACCCUCCUCACCAACCACAGCUGUUACUGCACCGCAUAAUAUGCCCACUUAUGGACAUUAUCCGCAUCCGAAGCCGCCGCCGCAGCAGCAAACAUUGUCGCCUCACAAUCUUACGACGAUCGAAUCGAAUGAGAUCUCCGAUAGUUUGACGAAUAAUAGCACCGCUAUUAAAAUCAUCACGGCCGCACGUAGCGAAUGUGGCAUUCCGGUUUUGGCGCGUCCGGAGACACGCAUUGUGGGAGGCAAGAGCGCGGCGUUCGGUCGUUGGCCUUGGCAAGUGUCAGUGCGUCGCACAACCUUUUUCGGCUUCUCAAGUACGCAUCGCUGCGGUGGCGCACUGAUCAAUGAGAAUUGGAUAGCAACGGCGGGGCACUGUGUCGAUGAUCUACUCAUCUCUCAAAUGCGCAUACGCGUCGGUGAAUACGACUUCUCACACGUGCAGGAACAACUGCCGUACAUCGAGCGUGGUGUGGCCAAGAAGGUCGUACAUCCCAAAUAUAACUUCUUCACCUACGAAUAUGAUUUGGCCUUGGUGAAACUCGAACAACCAGUGGAAUUUGCGCCGCACGUCAGUCCCAUCUGCCUACCACAAACGGACAGUCUAUUGAUUGGCAUGAAUGCCACAGUGACCGGUUGGGGGCGUCUCAGUGAAGGCGGCACACUGGCGUCCGUGUUGCAAGAGGUAUCGGUGCCGAUUGUGAGUAACGGCAUUUGCGAAUCCAUGUUUGCCCGCGCCGGUCGUCAAGAGUCGAUACCGGAUAUAUUCGUGUGUGCGGGUUAUGAGAAUGGCGGACAUGAUUCAUGUCAAGGUGACUCUGGUGGGCCGUUGCAGGUUAAAUCCGCCGACGGCCGCUUCUUCUUGGCCGGCAUUAUCUCAUGGGGCAUAGGCUGUGCGGAGGCAAAUUUACCCGGUGUUUGCACGCGCAUCUCUCGUUUCGUGCCCUGGAUCAUGGAAAAUGUAUCGUGAUAGAGCUGUGACUCGUGACAAGGGCGGCUUGCAAUCACUUCAUAUGGACUGUAAAUAUUUAGGAAUUUUAGUUUUGUUCGCAAUAUUUUAGGUAUUACUGUGUUCCGUGCUUUCUUAAACAUUUUUUUUUUUCAUUAUUUAUAGGCAUGUUUUCAUA